AUGGCUAAUGCAAAGGAUGCUAGUUUCCAUGAACGAAAGAAGAAAUCGACACCUCAAGUUGAUGGUAUUCCUCGUAGUAAAUCUACAGGUAUGGGCCCAAAAACACAAAGACAUUUUAUCAAUGUUCAACAAAGAAUGUUCAAUUUUCUUGCUCAACAAGAAGCAUGGGAAUAUGGUGAUAUAGACCAACAACCACAUGUUGCUGUUCCUUCUUCUUCUCUUUUUGCUCGUUCUUCACGUCAUCAUCAUCAGCAUCAUCAUCAUGUUGAUCCAAUCUUUGUUGAUCGAGAGAAAGCGUCAAAACCAGAACCAAAAAUUUCAACACCAGCUCCAUCACGAAAAAAAUCUGCACAUAAUGGAUCGUCUAAAAAAGACUCAGCUCAUCGAUGA